CUCGAGGCCGUCUCACUCUCAACAGCCACACCGUUCGUUACUAUCUUGUCUUGCUGGCAGUGGAGUAGUACUGUCUAAGAAACAAAUGAAUGAAUUUACAGCGUAGCGCUCCGGAUAAUAUCCUCGAUCUUCUGAGCCUCUCGUCUGGCAGCAGUGUGACGAAUGAGCAAGAGUUCAUGCUUGGAGUUGCAAAGAAGCUGUUGCCAGAUGCUUGCGUCGAGGCAAGGAAUUCCGUCCUACUGUUCUCAUUUUUCCAAGCUGUGCCCGACGCCUUGAGGAGGGACGAGGACUUCGUGCUCGGACUCCUUCACGUGAUGAGGAAAGGAGCUAAACACAAUCAAGAUGCUGAAGCAUUUGUGAUCAAUACUUUUCUCGGGUUGGUACUUACAGGGAACCCCUUGGAAAACGACGUGGAUUUUAUGCUAAGACUCCUCGAAGAAUAUAAAGGAGCCAGACACUCCGACUCCCACUUCUUUCCUCUCUUCCAGACAAUUCUUUGUUAUGCAGCAGAAAGUACGAAGGGUAGCGCGAGGACCAAGACAUUCUGGCUAGCCGCGCUUGAGAAAAUUACAGACGAAAACCUUCCUGGAGGCCCUCCCAUGUGGUGCAUGCAUCUUUUAGUAGACUUUUAUGACGACAUCGACGUCAUGCGCGGAGUGCUUCAGAAGACCAGGCCUGAACAAGUUGUCGCUGUUGUCGCUCAGCAUGCGGGGGAUACGGUAAAGGGAAAUCGGGCUUGCAUCCAGGAAGCGGUUCGCAAGGUCAAAACCUUGAGGACUAAGCAGCCAGAGGAGACCGUCAAGAGCUGGAUAGACGCUCUUCGGGCGGUCGUGUCGACAGAUUUGAAAAAAGACGCGGCCCUCUGGAAUUAAUGUCCUCGAUGGUUUUAGAACUAAACAUAGAAUUUAAUGAAGAUCAUUGCUGAAACGAGAGAACCAGUCGUGAUCCGAUUUUUCCUAGCCCUAGAAGACAUGAGAUACAUGGCGAUGACUCUAAGACAGUUGGGCUCCAAGGCGGGUCCACUCGGUUCUUCAAAAAUAGUAUACAUAGUGUUGCUUCCAAAGUAAACAAGUCAGGGCGUGGUCAUCUUUCCUUCGAAAGAUGAGAGUGAUGGUCACCUUUGUUUCUCAGUCACUUAAAUUGUCCAUAUCUGUGUGUGAAUGAGUGUGAUUUAUUUUUCUGUGUGUGAAGAGGCGACCACUAGCACCAGCUAGAUUUAUUCGUUGUGUCGUUAUUUGUGAAACUGUAUCUCUUCAUCACGACAAGAACGCCAUAAGUUCUUCUGUCCUUCCCAUAAUUUCCAUUAUUUUCUUUUGAACUCACUGGUGUUCUUCUCUUUUGUCCUGGAGGUUUCCGCACAGCUAUUACUGCUUGCAACUCUGGCGUUUCCUUCACGAUCUGUACCAGAAGUGUCCACAGCUCACGCGAUGCCU